ACUUAGAUCUAUUCUGAGCAACUCUCAGCUGAACUUACAACUAAGAAUCAAGUUCCUAAAAUGUUAUGUGUAUCCUGUAUUACUAUAUGGAUGUGAAACCUGGAUCAUGAAGGUUAACAUGAUGAACAAAUUAGAAGCCUUUGAGAUGUGGUCGUAUCGUAGAAUGCUCAGAAUAUCUUGGGUUCAACGCAUUUCAAACAGAGUAGGUCAAGGCGAAGGUGACUUAAUGAAGAUGAUAAAAAAGAGAAAACUUGAAUAUCUGGGGCAUAUAAUGAGAGGUAGCAGAUACAGGAUGCUGCAGUUAAUACUCAAUGGAAAGAUCGACGGAAAAAGAGGAAUUGGUCGAAAGAAAUAUUCAUGGCUCCGAAACCUUCGUCAAUGGACUGGCUUAUUAGCAGAUCAAUUGUUACAUGCCGCACAAGAUCGAGAACGAUAUCGGCAAAUUGUUAUGGAAGCUACCCACGCCUAAAAAUUUGGGCACGGUAC